UUUUUUUUUUUUUUCCAGGCGGGUUACUGUGGCACCAGGGUACUGUUACACUGACAGAGACAGAGAGACAGGGUUCAGUUCAGUUUUGUUGUUUCCUGAGGCUGGACGGAGACAGAGACUGUUCAUGGGGUGUAUGGCCCUUCCUGUCCUGAUGCUGUUAACACAGUAACAUGACCCUCAACACCCAGAGAGAGAAGGAGCCCUUGAGGCGGCGAGGCAGUACGCCGAUUCCUCCUGCCCACUUCUGCCAGCACCCGUCCUGGACUCGGGAUCCCCAGCUCCCCGGCAGCACCCAGUCUGACCCGGAGCAGCCCCGUCCCCAGCGAAGCCACCCUCCACUUGGACAGUCAGCCUCCUACCACCCUGGAGACAAGUCCCUCCACUACCGCGCCAACUGGAGCUCAGACUCGGAUGAUGACUCGCAGAGCGACUCGGACUGUGUUUACAGAGUUGUGUUGCUAGGCGACCACGGCGUCGGAAAGACCAGCCUCGCAGGAAUCUUUGCUGGGAUCACGGAGAAAGAUGAACAACCUGGAGAGGACACAUAUGAGCGGACACUGACAGUAGAUGGAGAGGAAACCACACUCAUUGUCAUGGACACCUGGGAGAAUGACAAACUGGAGGGGGAGGACGGCUCCUCUCAGGAGGACUGUCUGAGGGUGGGGAGUGCUUACGUCAUCGUCUACUCCGUCACCGACCGCUCCACCUUCGACUCCGCCGCUGAGCUCCGCAUCACCCUGCGACGCACCCGCCAGGCCGAGAACCUCCCCAUCAUCCUUGUGGGCAACAAGAGCGACCUGGUACGGUCCAGAGAGGUCGCUGUGGAAGAGGGCCGAGCGUGCGCCGUGGUAUUUGACUGCAAAUUCAUAGAAACGUCGGCGUCCCUUCAGCACAAUGUGACCGAGCUGUUCGAGGGCGUGGUCCGACAGAUCCGUCUCCGUCGGGACGGCAGCGAGGCCAUCCAGCGCCGACGCUCCAUAUACAAGCGCAAAGAGAGCCUUACCCAGAAGGCUCGGCGAUUCUUGGAUCGACUGGUUGCGCGCAACAACCAGCGCAUGGCGGUCAAAGUGCGGUCCAAGAGCUGCCACGACUUGGCUGUCCUCUGAGGACGCGCGUCCACCAGGAGCUUCAGGUUGGAUGUUUGUUGUUGUUGUUGUUUUUUUGACUCGUUGAAGAUCUCGCUGGUUGGGAAAUCGUGGACGGUGAUGUCUGCGAUGAUUCUGACGCUCGGCGAGCUGACAGAAAGACAGAGACAAUCAGAGGCGAACGAACACUCUGGCUGUGAACAGUGUGACCAACUUGUUUUCCUGUUUGACCCUUUGGUCUAAACAUUUCUGUGACUUCUUCUCCAAAUGACCUAAAUAUAAAGGUACCAGAUGACUGAACAGGAUCAUCACUGUAGGGUUAAACAUGACAGUGUGUGUGUGUGUGUGUGUGUGUGUGUGUGUGUGUGUGUGUGUGUGUGUGACAGAGAGUGAACAGGUGACUGUUAGUUUACUCCUCCGUCAUGGAGGAUGUCCUGUAGUUUCCACUGUGUCCACCGUCUUGUUCUCCUGAAAUUUUUACUAUUUUCAGUUCAACACUGUGCAGAAUAAAGUCUUAAAGGAACAGUCAUCUCAAAAUCAUGUUUUUACAGAUGACCUCCACUGGGAUGUAAUUAUACGUUUCAUUUCAAUUUAUUUUAUUACCUUGGGUUUUGUUUUUUUGUUUGUUUGUUUGUUUGUUUGUUUUGCUUGUUUUUAUUUUUUGCAACUGACCAUUCACUAACCAUCUCCCCUGAGCAGUGAUUGUCCUGUCAUAGCCUGGAGACUGGGAAUAGCAGGUGUGUCACCCUUUGUAUUUCUCCACAUGUUGAAGCAGUGUUCAUGGAGCUGGAGGAAGAAGGAAGAUGUCAGGAGGGUGAUGUCUUUUUUUUUUAGGAUUUCAAAAACCUAAAACACAAGAGCAGAAGUGUAAGGAACAUCCAAACCCAAGUGUUAGCAUAUCACAAGCUAACAACAUUAAUUUUGUUGGGUCACCGUUUGUGUUUAAAUGCUGUGGUCAGGACGGGAGCAUCGGCUGUGUGGCACCCAGUCCUGGAUUAUAUCAGGGUUUAGACUAACAUCGACUGCGCUGUCCUCGAAGGACGAUAUCAUAUAUGUAGUCGUGCAUUUCUAACACGCUCUUGCAGUGUUCUCGUUUUCAAACGAGUUAGCCAGAGACCGAGUUUUUAGCCAGCUCACAUUGUGAAAGUUGAUUAGCUAGCUCGCUACAGGUGUAGCGUUUCAGUAAAAUCAGUGGUUGCCGGCGAGAAAUAGAAGCUGCUUUUGUGAACUUCUGUCUGAAAUCAAGGACACAUUGAUAGUGGUAUAUGUUAUCAUUGUAAACUGCAAAUGUGGAAGGCAGGAAAGGAAAGCCUGACAGGAGUAGCACCAGUAGCUAUUUUCUUCAUUUCGGUUUACAUUUCCUUAUGUAUUGUAUUAGAUUCAUUUGAUUUUUUAUCAUAGUUUGU